AUGCUUAGAAUUAAAGCUCCAGAUGUGCAUUGGGCCCAGUGGGUUUGGAACAAAGCUAUUCCUAAGCGGGUGUCAGUGGCUAUGUGGAAAGCUUUAUCAGGGAGCCUCAGUGUGGAUUCUAGUAUUCGUAAAGUGGGUAUUGCUAUAGCUUCAAAAUGCAAUUGCUGUCUAGUAGGUCACGAUAAGAAUACAGAUCAUGUAUUGAGCACAGGGGACUUUGCGGAUGAGGUUUGGAAGAAAUUAUCGCAUUAUUUAGGUUUGCAAUGGAGGAGUAAACAAGGUUGGUGGGAGCGGGUUCAACUAUGGUGUGCUCGAGCUAAGCGAUCUACACAACUAGGUUGUCUUCUUGGUAUGCUUCCUUGUCUUAUUACCUGGCGUUUGUGGGUGCGACGGUGUCGAGCUCGAAUGGAGGGAAAGAAUGAAACAGUUCAGGAAGUAGUCACCUCUAUAAAAUUCUGGUUGCAACAAAUGGCCUAUUCCAUCAAAAAGGUUAGAGCCCUUUCAUCUCAUGAUGCUAGAAUUUUGUCUGAUUUGGACAUUCCAUGUGUGAUGCCGCGGCAAAGGCAAACUCGUAUGAUCACUUGGAGGAGACCGAGAGCGGGUAGGGUCAAACUUAAUGUAGAUGGCUGUAGCUUUGGGAACCCUAACCCAUCUGGGCGUGGGGGUGUUAUUAGAGAUGAGUUUGGGAAAGUUAGGGGAGGCUACUAA